AUGGCUCAAGACGGCGCCAGAGUUCCGGCUUGGAAGCGACUGGGUCUCGCCCUGAAGAACCAAACCCAGUCCGGAGUCGCCGUACCUGAACAACAAACAUCAUCUAGCGACCCGCAAUCAUCUACAACCUAUAGUGCGCAGGAGACGUCUUAUGAGCAAUCUGUUCCAUCCGAUGAGCCUGCCGUAAAUGGCAAAUCCUCAAAACUUGGCAAGCGAAAACACCAACACGAGCCAGCUGAGGAUCAUCAACAGGAUGCUAAGAAGAGUCGGGUUGUUAUUACGGAAACCGAGGUUAACGGAGUCGCCAGCCAUGAGCUUCCAGUUGUUCCUAUUGUAGAGAGUGCCCAGGUAGAGGCUGUUUCGGAGGAAGCACCGGCAACAGGGAAGCCCGUCAAAGGAGAUUCGAAUUAUCGAAAGAAGAAAGAGAAGCCAGUCAAGCGCCGGAGAGAGAAUAAGGAUUCUCAGGAUGGUGAUUCUCAACCUCAGGCGCGUUCCAAGCACGGAUCCACUCUCUCACCCAACGAGCCGGCAUACGCGACAGCGCGCCCAACUUUACUUGCUUCCACCGAGUUGGACCACAAUAACACAGCCGCAGCCGCAACACCGCAAAAGCUCGCCAAGAAAUCUAGCAGGAAGGACGCCUCAGGUUCACCUCCACUGACGGACCGAAGAAAGUUCGUCGCAUUCACCCCAGAUACAAAAAAGUCCGACGGAAACACCGGUCAAGACUAUUUCAAAGCUUGGGUUGCGGAACAAAAAGGAACUGGAGCCGUCUCUCAACCACCGGAAGUCUCCAACUUUGUCCUUCACUCGUUGAUUGCUGAGGAAGAAAAGACUGCAAGGAGAAACGGACAAUUAGACAAGAAACAAGCGACUGCAGUGGAAGCUGAAGCAGAAGAGACCUCCAGUUCGAAGACUCCAAAUCCCAAGCCAGAAGAACAGCCGCCACCAAAAUCAGCAUCUCCGCCUGCUGAAACGACCACGACACCAAAGCCUGCGUCCAAGCCUGCUGAAGUGAAACCAGCAUCUGCGCCUGCACCAAAGGGCAAGAAGAAGGACCCUUCGGUGUAUAUCGCCUAUCUUACGCAGUAUCAUAACGAUCGCGACAACUGGAAAUUCAACAAAGCGAAACAGAACGACGUUGUUGAUAACGCGUUGAACAUCUUCCGCAUCCCUAACGAACACACCGACGCCCUAGUCGAAUACGUCGCUGGUCUAAAGGGGGCGGGUGUAAUAGAACGUCUACGCGAACGGUGCAGAGCAACAGUGAAAGACCUUGAGGAGCAAGACGCCCAGAUGAACGAGGCCGAGGCUAAAAAGGUUGCUCAGGAGGAUGCAGAGCAAGAGCGCAUUCUUAAGGAACGGAAACGAAGGAAUACAGAAGGUGACAUGACAGACCUCUCGAACCACGAGUACAGCCCUGGUUUUAUUCGGCGACUGCAACGACGACGAGCUGAAGCGCUCUUGAAUGCUUUGGGCCGCGCUGCGCCUGUAUCUCCUGCUGUGAAUCCAAGGUCCAGUAUCAAUCCAUUGAUGGAGCAUGUUGAGCCGGCGAAACCGAUCGCGCGAAAGCGAAAGCGUAGGACAGAAGUGUCUAGUGAUGAAAGCAGUUCGGACAGCAGUGAUGAUAGUUCUGACGCUGACUCUGACGCUAGCAGCGACUCAGAGUCAGGAUCCGACAAUGAACAUUCUGCAAAGGGCGCUAGUAGCUCCGGAAGCUCGUCAAAAAGCAGUGGUAGCGAUAGUGAUAGUGAUAGCGAUUAG